AGGCCCCUCUUCCGCACGGAGGAUGGAGGCCAAAUCUGUGGCCAGGGCCAGAGACCCUUUGCCCCUCGUGUGAGCAUCAGCAGUCAUUCGAUGGGCGCGGGGAGACAUUUCCCCCAGGAACGAGCUGGCUGGAACAUGUCUCAUGCGGGGAGAAAUACCUGUCACCGGUUAUGUCAACGGGCGCCCGUUAACCAGCCACACUACUUGCCACCUGUUGCAUCUCCUGAUCUUCGAGAAUUCCUCCCCCCGGCUCGGCGGUGGAGGCAGCUGUCUAGUCAUGGUCCACAAGUUGGUGGCUUUUCCUCGUGAUCGCAAUCGUGCCUGGCGGACCGCGAGCCCGGUUAUCGGGUAGUUGAAGAACGUGCAUCAUCCUCCCUGGGCUCGGGUUUAUAUAAACGAGCCUUUGCUCCCGGACGUAGGCCUCCAAGAGCCUUGCUUUUCAUCCUAGAUAUCCCACGGCAAAAAGCAUUCGUGACCCAAAGAACUUCCAUCUAGCAGAGGAAUCCCGUAACCAACCAUGUUGGUUUCAACUCUUGUCCGCCUUUUAUUAUGUUCGGCCGCGCUAUUCAGCAGUCACCUGGCUGUCGCUGUACCCGUCACGCCUGAUGAGGUUGAGGUCGACUCAUACGCCCUAGAACCCCCUACCGUCGCCGAGCCAGUCACGCCUGGGGAGUCCGGGGUCGGCAUAGACGCCAUUGAACCUCGACAAGCCGCCAACCAGCGACCAAUUUACGCCAUUGCCCAUCGAGUCCUGACCGCCCAGGGAGUGAGAGAUGCCCUCAAACACGGCGCGAACGCUAUAGAAAUCGACUUGUGUGCCUGGCGCAAGUGGAAUACGUGGCUGGCAGACCACGACUGUGCAACAGGGUCCAGUGCUGGCGAUUCCGCGGUUACGAUGUUUGAGACCAUUGUCGAAGAGCAUAAGAAGGGGAAGGACGUCACUUUUGUCUGGUUAGACAUGAAGAACCCGGAUUACUGUGAACCUCGCUUGAAUUGCUCGAUCGAGGCCCUUAGAAACCUAGCGCGAAAAACACUGGAACCAGAAGGUAUACGCGUCCUAUUCGGAUUCUACAAAGCUGAAAAGAGCCGCGCGUUAAAAGUGAUCCGCGAGAAGUUGAAUCCUUACGAAGCGGUAAGCUUGAGCGGCAAAGCUAGCGCUGUUUUGAAGGAGUAUGAGGGCAAAGUGGCAUCAGGGAUCCCAGUGGCGCAAAGAGUGAUGGACUACGGCUAUUACAAUCUCCGCUUUGAGUUUGGAGGCUGCCAUGAGGGAGGCUAUUACACCUGUACCGAAUUGCGUCAAGGUGCCCAACUGCGGGAUGAAGGGAAACUUGGGAAAGUGUAUGGAUGGACGAGCUCAAGCGGGCAGGUCGACCUCGUCAACCAGUUGCUGGGCACCGCCGGUGUUGACGGCAUCAUCUAUGGCUUUGAAAUGACUUACUACUAUGACGACGUUCUCACCUGGAGAGCCGCAUUAGAUAUUCUGACGUGGGUCAAGGAACAUGGCAACACCCACCGUAUGGCUACCAGAGCUGAUCCUCCCUGGUAGUUCUAACAGUGUGAGGAGGUUUACCUUGUAUUUAUAGAAACUACUAGUAUUUUUCUCGGUGGAACAUUUGAUUUUAAUACUUUUUGGGGUAACAAAAUACUUUCUAUGAUC